AUGACUCGGCGGCCUAUCAAGAGUAAUUUUUUCAAUCAUUAUGAUGAAGCAUGCAAAUUUACGAAUUCAAAGCAAGAUCUUUCAUCACUUCAAAAUGGACUCAGUAACCGUAAUAUAUCAAGACAAUCUUCGCAAGAAUUACUUAAGGUUCAAUGCAAUGGAUUACCCUUAAGUCAUAGAAAUUCUAAACUACUUUCUCCCAGUGGUAGUGACGUAUUACCGCUACCUUCUUCGCGGAGAUCCACUCGUCGUGCUUCCGCUUCAUGGUGUGGAAGUACUCAAUUUAAAAAACGAUGUUUAUCCACGUGUGAUAAAUUAGUGUCUUCUGUUAAGCGCAAUCGUGCUAUGAGUGCUAAUUCCGUGCAUUGUGCUAGAAAAAGGAAAAAAUUAUCUCCGGAAGAAAAGUUAUUGCAAGAUAAUAAAGAAUAUUUUAAAAUGGAAGUUUUAACAACUAAAUUGAGAUCAACGGGUUCGUUAUUAAAUUUAAAUCAGAAUAGAGGAAGUGAUGUAAAUUUAGUAAGGAAGGAUUCGAGUCCUGUAAAUGGACUGGAUAAAAAAUAUAUUUUCAAGAAAAUUACCAAUCGGAGAAGUAAAAAAAGAAGAAAGAGGAUUAAAACAAAAAAUAAUCACUUGAACAAAUUUAAUGGCUCUAAUGUGUUAGAUCAAAGGAAAAAAAAUAAUGAAAUUAAAAUAAACGGAGUAUUAAAGAGGAAAAAAAGGCAAUCGGAGUUAAUAAAACUUUGUAAUGAGGCUGAAAGCUUUAUGUUUGGUGAAAGUAGUAAACAAUGUUGCGUAACGAAUAAAGUAACGGAAAAGCUUCCAGAAGAACAUUCAGAAAAAAAUGAUGAUACUAGCGUUUUAAGUAACAAAGAAAUAAUUAGCGAAGGUGGGAAAAAAGAUAAAGUAUUUAAAAAUGAAUGUAAACUUAAAAGAAAAAGACGUUCUCAUGCAGAAGCUUUUAUACAUGAUAAUUUAGACUAUUAUAAAUUUGAGACUCCCGGGUCUAGAUUGCGUUAUCAGGGUAGUUUGCCAGACGGAAAAUCCGAAGACAAAGAUUUCAUUUACACAUUAAAACAAAAAAAAAAAGAAAUAAACGUAAAAAAUGAUUCUUCUGAAAAUUGUCCGUUAAACGUGGAAUCAAACGAUAAAAUAAAUAAUUGUGAAAAAAAAAGAAAUUUUUCCGAACCGUCCGAAGAAGUAAACAAAAUUUUAUUUUCAUUUGAAAGUAUUCCUGCUACGGAGCCUUGGUACGAAGUUUAUAAAAGGCAAGAUGAAGGAAUGGAAAAUUAUUAUCCAUUGUUAAGUAAUCCAAGUGAUCAACCUUUUCUACUUCCCUACGAGUUGCCAAAACCUAUUUAUUCUAAAAUACCUUUUGUUAAUGAUUAUUAUAAAAAGAAAAGAAAAAAACUUGUUCACUUAUUUAAUCAUCCGCGGAAAUCACCCAGGUGUCAUGCUAGUACUUUAGCCAUUCUUUCAAGUUUGAAAAAGCGUAAAAGAAGAAGUGGAACAAACAUAUCAAUGAACUCUUUGCUAUGUGAAUCUCUGCCUAAUAGUCAAGUCUUGCCUGAAAAUAAGUCUGAAGCCAGGUGUUCAGAAACUGAAAACAAAUCGGUGGAAAACGAGGAAAUUUUAAAUUUUUUAUACAACGACGAACCUCCUGAAGUGAAAGACAACGAAAUUUUUUUAGAACCUCUUAGUGAUUCUGAAACUACUCCUUCGAAAGUAAAAGACGAUGAUGACACGUCGUGUAAAAGUAUUAAAAAUGAAGAACCGGAAACCGAAACCGUUAAAAAUGAUUUUUGUAAUAAAACAUGGACGAAAACAGACCCAACAGAUCAUUCGGAAAACACAAACAAUAAGGAUGGUAAAUAUUUUUGCUGGCAGACAAUCACUCCUGACGAUUUUUUCAAAGAUAUGAUUAUUGAAACCAAAAAAAAAUCAGGUUUAACCGAUAAUGUUUUAUCGGUUUUCGGUAAUUAUAAACUUUGUAAAAGUAUGGAGCUUUCAGAUGGAAAUUUGAAUUGCGGUUUAAAAGAUCGUUUUGCGACUGUAAUACCCGAAAAAAUUAUACGUCGGAAAAGGAAAAAAGCUAGAAAAAUAAAUAAGACGGGGUGGGAUAAUAAAAAAUCUCGUAGGCGACCGUGUCUCAAAUUAGGAGAAGUGAAAGAAUUAGAUUGUGGAAAAGUGAAUGAAAAAUCGGUGAAAACAAAAGUGAAAAUCAGAGAAAACGGAAUCAAUUCCGAAAAUAUAAUACGGGAUUCGAAAAGAAGGUCGAGAAGGGACGAUGUCGUCGAAAAAAGGAAUUCAAAUUCCAAAGACAAACCUGUAUUAAGAUCUCACUUAGAAAUUACGGAUAAUUCGGUCUGUUUACGCAGAAACAAUCGAGAUGUUGACUCCAAAUCGAGCAGCGGCGGUGGUGGAAUGGGUUUGACGGAUCAGGGACACCCCAACUGCGUUCUGAGGAUUAAAAAGGGAACAGAUCCCGGAGUGAACGUUCACAUGAGACUGAGAUGUUCCACAGGGAGACGCGCCAUUCAAAAAAGAAGACUUUUGAUAAAUAAAAAAAAAAAACGUGUUAUCGAGUAUCCUUGGGGUACGCAAAAAAGGUGA